CAUAGUCAGCGGAUCGUCAAUAUUUCAACUCCAUCCUGAGACCCUGAAUAUAACAAAUAGUUCUCUUUUAAGGACUGGAUAGGCAUCACCUGUGUUUCACUUUAUCUUCUCCUGAGCAGAUUUUAUUGAGCCGAUUAGACGAUAAAAAGAAAAAAGUUUGCGGUUCUGUUUAAUCUCCAAGAGGAGAGAGGAGAUCAUUAUCGGGUUAUUUCUGCGCUUAGUGGAUGAACUUCUGAGAGCGCACCGACGUGGAUAAAAGGAUUUGAGGAAAAUGAGGAGAUUCUGCGGAGUCGAUCAGCACCAGCUCGUCUUGCUAUUGGCCGCUGCCAUGGCCACCGCCGUGGAUGCUCUCCACAGCCUGGCCAGCGAGAGGAGUUCGAUACAGAGCACCUAUGAGCUCACCAAGUACCUGGAGUUUCAGCUGAAAGAGAUCAAAGACGUAUAUCUGACCUAUCUUGGCCCUCCAUUUAAUGACAAAGACUUCUCCCCUCCGAGGCCCAACAGCACGGCUCUGACACUGCCGAGUGCUGCCACUCGAGUGGACCAGUGGCAUCGCCUGGAGAACAAAGCACGACUGGCCCAGAACCAAAAGGCCUACUCUGUCCUUCUGGGAGCUGUCAGGGAGCUGGCCCGCUCGACCCUCUGCCCCUCACUCAAGACCUCCCUUCUGCACUUCUGCAUGGGUCUGGAUGGACUUCUGGGUUCAAUAUCUGCACUGAUGACUGUGCUUGGUGACACAAAUCCUACACAAACUCCAAACAUUAGAGGUAAUGCUGGUGAGCUGCAGUAUUUGGAGACGGGGACAGGAGGUGGCCGACCAGCUCCGCUCAUGAGCCAGAACUUGUACAGAUCAAGAGCCGGAUCUAGAUCGGUGUCUGGUCAGCGUAGUGGCCAAAGAAGAAGUGGGGCAAAGUUAGUCAGAGGUGUUCAGGAAGAUGGUGUCACUAAGGAGCUGACAGAAAAAAGGAGAGGAAAAGAGGCAAGGAGAGCAGAGGCAGGCAGAGGAAGGAGUAGCGGAUUGAGGGAGAGGGUAAGGGGAGAAAGACGGAGAAGAGAGAAGAGGGAAGAGCCAGAGAGAGGAAAUUGGGCAGCCAGUGCAAAAAAAGCAGCAGGGAAGGAGGAAGAGGAGAGAUGGGUGAGGAGCAGAAGGCUGUUAAGUAUCACUGAGGAUGGAGAGGAACAGGAGAGGCAGUUCGAACCCAGGGUUGAAGUGUCAUAUGUGGACACGAAAGGCUUGGGCUCCCUUCAACAACAAACAGAAAACCAACAAGGAACCAACAAGCAUCAAUACAGCUACAACCUGAACGCACAUCACCCAGACACGCUCAGAGCAGAGGACGGAUUCAUUCUAGAGGGGAGCAGAGAGUCAGAGGUGGAGGAGGACAAGCAAGCAUACACAGGUGCUACCUCCUCUUCCUCCAGUGGAUAUCUGAAGCAGCGUCGGUCUCCUCGCUCCCUGCUCUCCCCGACCCUCGAGCCUCCUCUGUCCACACUCUCCCUCCUCUACCAAUUCGGAGCAGGCGAGGAGCACACCCUCCUCCCCCAGCCUGUCCCUCUAUCUUUACAAAGGGGCACCUCCCUACUCUCGCCUCCCUUGAAUCCGCUCUUCACCUCCUCCUCCUCCACCUCCGCCUCCUCUUCCUCUCCCUCAUCUUCCCUGCUGCCGGCGCGGCCGACAAUGAACGACUUUACCAGGAAGGUGGAGGGUUUCUGGAUACUGCGAGAGCUUCAGAGCUGGCUGUGGCGAUCGGCGAAGGACUUUAACUGCCUCAAGAAGAAGCUCCGAGGCUGAGGCUGAUAAGACUUACACGCACGCUCACAAACACACACAGACACACAAAAGUGCAGUAUAUCGGCAAUUAUUUGCACAAAAUCUGAGUGGAAUCAAACUGACGGAUUUAACAGACAAAAGCACAUAAACACAUGCAUUCAUACCGUACUGGAAUAAGUGAAUGAAGGACUAUUUGGCAGGUCACCAGAAGUGCUAAUGGAAUAUAAGACACACAAAGCCAACACAUUACCAGCACUGUCACCCGCCUAAUGCACAUAGCAGCUCAUUGAGCGAGACACACUGAGGCUGGGCUGAGUUACCGGACUUCACGGCUCAUAGAUCAACAGAAAUACCACUGUAGGUGGUUAGACACACACAUGCAGACGAGGGCAGACUGAGUGACAGGCGGCGAGACAGACAGUGCCUCCAUUGAGUGAAAACUGAUUCAGUGACCCCCAGAUGUGUGAAUCAGCAAACAUUCAUUUUCUCUAAAGGAAGAAGGGAAAAAUUCUGAAUGGGCAAAAGACAAAAGGGGAGGAAAAAUGGCCGGAGGGAUGAUGGGGGCGCAGAGGAGGAGAGAAAGAGGCAGAAAAGGAGAGGAAGCUGAGUCAGGGGGAUGACUCUGGAAAUAACCAGCAGAGUGGUACUGCUGAGUAAUCACAAGUCAACUGGUCAGUUACAGUAACCCUACAAGAGCGCUACACAUACUGCCCGGACACACACGCACACACACGCUAAUUAUUGUGGUGUUUCCUGCCUUAACACACCAUUCACUUUUAUCCCGUCAAUUCAGCUCUUCACAUAUUUCACUUCACAGCAAGAGAUAUUAAUAGAAUUUGAGACAAAGCAAAGAAAUACUUCCACAUUACACUGCAGUGGAAAAUAUACUGUGUUGCUUCCUAACAGGAAGCUUGAUGAGAACAUCUAAACCACUGUCAGAUUUGUACAAUAAUAUGAUUCUAGAGCCAGCUUUCAGUCAGCUUUCUUAAGCAUAAAAACAGGGUAAAGAAAUCUACUAACCAGCAACUCUAAGGCUCACAUUUGAAUACACAUUUCUAAUGUCUAUUUUUUUAAGCCCAGGUAAAUAUGUAAAAUCACCAAGCUGCAAAACAGCAAAGCCUACAGGUGGUCACAAAGUCUUGAAUAAAAUGUUGCAUAACUUCAGCAUCCAUGUAAUGCCACAAAUUGUAAUUUGUAUAUGUAUUUUAUAUCAAACGAGACUUAAUUUAGUGUCAACAUUUUGUCCCUGUUCUCAACUUUCAUUUAUGCUUCUAAUGUCUUGUGCCAUAGCUAUAGCAACUGACUGUGCUUUCUCAAACGCAAACAGAAAAAGACUUAAAAGUGGACCUAUUAUACUUGUCCUUAUUUUAUUUUAUUUAUUUUCAUAUAUGGAUGUCUGUGCAAAAGUCUUGCGCCACUCCUUAUUUCUUUAUAUUUUGCUUCCAAGAAGCCAGCUUUUGUGAUUUUUAUAGUGGUCUCAAGUUUCCUGGCUUUUUAAAGGUCUUUUAGAUUUUAAUUUGGACACUGGAGGAAACUGAAGAAGUGGAGGAUAAAAAAGAAGUGGUGGAAAGGCUAAAAACUACCAACAGAAGAUAAACAGUAUUUGAAAGUCAUGCCCUUAAGAAAUGGAUAAAAAUAAGCAAAGACCCGACACAGGACCUGAGGGAUGCAUGUAAAAAAAACGAAACGUGAAACACUAUCAUGGAUUGGCCUCCCCAGAGCCCGGACCUCAACAUUACUGAAGCAGCGUGGGAUCAUCUUGACAGAGAACAGAACAAAAGUCAGCCAUGAAUGUCCUUCAAGAAGCCUGGAGAGCUAUUCCUAGUAUAUGAAGAAAUGAGGGGUGGCCCAAAAAAUUUUGCACAGUACUGUACAGUUUUAGACAUUUUUUUUUCUGUGAUGUCAUUGACAGCAGAUAUUCUUAUUCUGCUCAAACCUUCCAUUUGCAAAAAGGCAUCCAAUCAGAAGAAAAUUAGUUUAAAGAAGAAGUGAACUAAAACAGCUGGCUUCAAACUGCAGAGUCCAAAUAAAAUAUGUACUUUUAAACGAGCAUAACAGGUCCACUUUUUGGGUAUCAAAGCUAUAGACACAGAAUUUCUUUCAGAACUGGAGAUAUGGGCUUGGUCGUGUUUCUGCUAAAGAUUUCUGGUAACUGAUUGUAGUGACAACAUCAUGAAGCAAGUUGGAAAACUGCUCUGUAAUCUCAUUUUCAGUGCCAAAAAUCCUGAACUUUUUUUCCCCUUUAACUAACUUUACAUUCCUAAAUACCAAAAAAACAGACGUGGAGGUUAACAGAUGGCUUUUUUUUUUCCAAGAAUAAAUGUUAUGUGUUUGCAAUGUGCCUUAGAUGAUAUGGCUAAAGGUUAUGGAUCAUAUCUAUACUAUUUAUUGAACAAGAUGUUUAUUUAUUUUUCUCCAGUGUGAAAAUACUGUGUUGUAACUUGAGAGAGAAUAAAUACUAGCUUUUGUACAGAGCGCAGUGUUAUUGGUCAUUUGGGAGCCCGUUGGGAGAAGAGAAUAAAGAAAUGCA